GGAUCCUUGGCAAGAGGGCAGCAGCAGCAGCAGCAGCAGCAGCAGCAGCAGCAGGAGAUACAUCCCAGACCAAACUGCCUGAGCAACAUGAUCGUUUUAAGAACCGCCGUUUGCCUGUGCCUGCUGGUGGGCUUCUCGCUUCAGGUGGACGUGAAAAGUGGGAAAGAGGCAGGAAAAGCCGGGAAUUUUAUGGAAGAUGAGCAAUGGCUGUCAACCAUCUCCCAGUACGGGCGUAAGACCAAACACUGGAAUCGCUUCAGAGACGAAGUUGAGGAUGACUACAUCAAAAACAUGGAGGAGAACAUGGGCUCUGAUGAAACCGUGGACACCACCAAGGACCCGUGCCAGAAUGUGAAGUGCAGCCGCCAUAAGGUGUGCGUCGCUCAGGGCUACCAGAGGGCCAUGUGUGUGAAUCGCAAGAAACUGGAGCACAGAGUCAAACAGUCAGGGCAGCUGGAGGCCCAUGAAAGCAGCUGCAAGCCUUGUCCUGUUGCUGCCUCCUCACCUGUAUGUGGCUCUGAUGGACACAACUACGCCUCUGAGUGUAAGCUGGAGCAGCAGGCCUGCCUCACAGGCAAAGAGCUGAGCAUCAUGUGUGCUGGCUUUUGCCCCUGUGCCACUGCCUCCGUUACCCUCACAAAUACUGACACGAAACGUGACAGCUGCACCGGCCAGGACCUGGCAGACCUGGGCGACCGCCUGAGAGACUGGUUCCAACUCCUUCAUGGAAACGCGAAGCAGAAUAACUCUGGCAAGCUCGGAGCUGGCACCGCUUCAGCGCUGGACAAGAGCCUUGUAGCCAGCUGCAAGGACUCCAUUGGCUGGAUGUUCUCAAGGCUAGACACCAAUAGUGACUUGUACCUGGACCAAGCUGAGCUAGCUGCUAUUAACCUGGACAAGUACGAGGUCUGCAUCCGACCUUUCUUCAACUCCUGCGACAGCUACAAGGAUGGAAAGGUCUCUACGGCAGAGUGGUGCCUCUGCUUCUGGAGAGAAAAGCCGCCGUGCCUUGCCGAGCUGGAGAGGAUCCAAGUGCAGGAGGCGGCCAAGAAGAAGCCCGGGAUGUACAUUCCCAGCUGCGAUGAAGACGGCUACUACAGGAAAGUGCAGUGCGACCAAAGCCGAGGGGAGUGCUGGUGCGUCGACCAGCAUGGUGGAGAGAUGAUGGGCACCAGAAUCCAUGGCAACCCCGACUGCGAUGAAGUGGCGGGAUAUUCUGGAGAUUUUGGGAGUGGAGUGGGAUGGGAGGACGAAGAGGAGAAGGAGGCAGAGGACACCGGAGAGGAGGCGGAAGAGGAGGAAGAGGAGGAGGGCGAGGCGGACGAUGGAGGAUACAUCUGGUAGAACUGUCUGACCCUACGCGGAGAGCCGAGUCACAGCCGCUGGCCUGAAAAUCUACAGGGAUGGCUCUCUUCUCACAGCAAAAGAUUUUGGGACCGGACCGGGAAGGCAUGGAGUUGUGUAUCAUCCUGGUGGGAUACGUGCUGCUGGGCAGGUCCAGGGAUAAGACGAUGACCAGUUUUUGUCUUAGAUAUGUGUAAUUGCUUCAUUCUCUUGUCUCUGUUUUUUGAGCAACAGAGCUUUUUGUUUUGCCGUCCUGAAAAGCAGGAACCACUGACUGCUGCGCCAUAGGUAGCUAAAGUCCAUCAGAAUUCCUAUGUUGUCUGACCGCCAUCUAUGCAUAUAGAGAUUACCAGUAAUUUUGUAUAGUGUGAACAAUUGCUUGAGUAUUAGAGCCGAUGUCCCACUGGAAUGACUAGAGAUCAGAAUUUAAAGGAAUAGUUCGACAUUUUGGGGAACAUGCUUCUUUGCUUUCUUUCCAAGAGUUUUAUAAGAAGCUUGAUAGCACUGUUAAAUACAGUAUAUGAAGCUAGAGCAAUGAGACGGUUAGCUUAGUUUAGCUUAGCAUAAUGACUGGACACUGGGAAACAGUUGGCUCUGUCUAAAGAUAGAACAAUAUCAGAACUUAACUUCUAAAGCUCACUAAAUAACAUAUUAUAUCUUGUUGUUGUUUUUAAUCUGUACAAAAACCACAGUAUAACCACAACAUGUUGGGUUAUUAUGUGCCGGACUAUCCAGGAAGUCACUGCACCAGAAAAAGAAAUAGACCGGCACAUAACAGCCUGUAAAAAUGCAAACUGUUUUUACAGUUUUUGUACGGUUUAAAUUAAUGAGCUAUAAUGUUUCAAUUAGUGAGCUUUAGAGGUGCUGGUAGGUGGAUUUUGUUGACUUUGGACAGAGCCAGGCUAGCUUAUUUUUAAGUCUUUAGUGAAUGGUAUGUCACUGUGGUGUUCACAACUUGUUUCCACUGCCCUCCAAUGGCCAACCAAAUCAGUUAUUGCAGCUAUGAGCGUAGCUAAGCUAAUCAUCUCCUGAUUUUAGCUUCAUAUUUAUGGUACAGAAGUAUUUAUCUUCUCAUCUAUCUCGAAAUAGAUAGCAUAUAAGCAUAUUUCCCAAAAUGUUAUAAUUCUGUUAAAGCAGAUCAGUGUAAUGUGGUAAUGUAUUUCCAAACUGAUUCUGUAUAUAAAUCCAGUGUAAAGGAUCUGUGAAGAUAGCUUUGAGGAUUUCAGGUUACUCCGGUUUCAAGCUACCUUUAUGACAAAGGUGCACCACAGCUCAUAGCAGUUUUUAAAUUGACAUGCUUUACACAUUAAGUGGAAACACACAAAUAUACAGGACCUACAUUUCCAGUUAGAUUACUUUAAUUAUAACCUGUAGAAUGUACUUUAAUGGCCCAAACUGCACCUACAGUAGAAACCACGAGUCGCUAACUCUGAAAUCAUGUCAAAGAAUGUGCCACUACUAUCUUUCAUUCUGAGUUUGCAACUUGAAAAAUUGUACUUUAUGUUUAUAAAAAAAAAAUUGUGUGCGUUACUUGAAGUUCUGUGUGUAUACUUGAAUUCACAUUGUAUUUUUUUCUAUGAGAAUACUGUUGCCAUGUCUUCAUUCAUGCUAUUAGGCCAGCCAUUUGGUUGUUUUUAGUAUUGCAUGUUAGUAAAUAAGAAUGUACUUCUAGGCUGAGCACUUUACUAAUAAAGGCACUGGAGCCAAA